CAGGAACUGGUAGUGAGUAAUGGGGAACACAUGAGCAUUGCAAUGGCGAUUUUAUUAAUUAGGACAUUAUUUUCCCAUUAAGUAUUUCAAUAAAGUUUUUGAACGCACUCCCUCGAAAUUGUACAUAAAUAAUUUUGCUUAAAUAAUAGACCUCAUUUGUGUAAAAACUACUGUAGGAGUGAAGUGUUCAAGUUAAACAAAAAUGAAAUUUUCAGUUUCUUCUGUCUUCUUCCUUAUUGGCUGUCUAGCUUACAGCUAUUCGCAAAGCCCAGAGUCUUCUCUAGGUCCUGGAAAUGCUUUGGUGAACUUACUUAGUGGAAAACAAGGAUGGACAGAGAAUGGACCCAUUCAAGAAAUUCCUAUUGAAUCUUAUCCCUUAUCUGAUAAGCCCCAACUUUUCGCCGCCCAAAUCGAACUUCUGAGACUUCUGGAAAUGUUAGUCCAAGUUAAAGGAGAAGUCUUCAGCCGAGUGAACGAUAUCGUCCUUAACAACUACGAACUCAUCACUGCAAUCCUGAAUUUAUUGAUAAACAAAAUCAAAGCUCUGCAUAAUUUCUCUUUGGCUGGCUUGAGCGUGGUACGAAGAAUCUUGGAAUACGCUGCUGACGCGUUCGCUCAUUUGGGAAACCAACCUCUGCAAUAAAUAUUUAUUAACAUAUCAAUUCAUAAUUUUUAAUAAUUUAUUUGCAUUGUCAAGUCAGUAACGUACUGUUUAAUUAAAAAAAUGUGCUGUACAUAAUGUCUUGUUGUAUUUAAAUUUUGUUUCAUUGUAUUCAAUUUGUAAAUGUACCUAAUAGAAAAUCAGAAUUUCC